AUGAAGCUCACCAAAUUAAUUGGACUCAUCUCUGCAUCUUUUGCAAUCCAUUCCGAGUUUGCACUUGCUAAAUGGCCCGAUCAGUCUUUGUACCGGUUUUCCAGUUCCGUUUCCAAACCACAAAAUAUUGUGGUCGUCAACACAACUGCCGAGUGUCAAGACCAAACUUUGUCGAUGAUGACCUCUGUGUUGUCCUAUAAGGUUGACAUCGAUGUUAUCGAAAAGUACCUUUUAGAAGGAAUCUCGGUAUUGAAAACCUUGCUGAAUGGCAAGACCCAAUUUAAUGCAAUGGAUUUGAUGGACAUCGCUACAGUGCAACUGCAUUGGUUCCCACCAGCAGGCGUCGACCUAUCUGGGGUCUCUCUUGCCACACAAUUUUCCCAGAUGAAAACCAUUUACUAUUCAUGCCCCAUUUUGCGUCACACUCACGAAUGGAUCUUGAGCAUUGCCAAGGUGUCUGCCCAAAGUUCCCAAUGGCGCACACUGUCGCAAAGUGCAAUUCAGGUGUGGACAAGCUUGGAAUCAAAUACGCCCGCUGUGCAUAGUCUUUUCCUCGAGAUCACUCGGGCCGUUCAGGCUCCAGAGACAUUGAAAAUGUUGGCCAAACUGAAAAAUGAAUGGACCACGUCUGCGCCAAGCUGUCAAAAGCCUAAAGAUGCUCCUGCAAAUAUAAAGCAGGGCAAAAAGAAUGCUGUCAAGGCUGCUGCGAUGCAUGCAGCUGGCAAAGUUCCUUCUCGUGUCGUUGGCCUCACAUCGCCCAAGCCAGGUAACAGUCCAGUAUUUUACCAACAGCGCGCUGCAAUUAUCAGCUCAACGCAUGCAAAUGACACAAAUCACACGGCGCCGGUUAUGAUCAUAGACGAUGAGUCAGCAGCUGUUGCGUCGUACAGAGUUCAGUCCUGGUCCAUCAUGGGUGCCGUGGUAUUGAUCAUCAGCGGAGCAAUCCUAUUCUAG